GCUGCGCAGAAAAGCAGCUGGAGCGCCAGAUUUAUUGUCGCCGAGCCGAGCCCGUUGGUGCACACAACCGAAGGAAGACCCCUAACACUAAAGGCCCCGGGACGACCGAGCUGAUGGCGUCUUCGACCCCUUCUUCUUCCGCAGCCUCCUCGAAUGCAGGAGCAGACCCCAAUACCAGCAACCUGCGCCCCACAACUUAUGACACCUGGUGCGGCGUGGCCCAUGGAUGCACCAGAAAACUGGGGCUCAAGAUUUGCGGCUUCUUGCAAAGGACCAACAGCCUGGAAGAGAAGAGCCGGCUUGUGAGUGCUUUCAAGGAGAGGCAGUCUUCCAAGAACCUGCUUUCCUGUGAAAACAGUGACAGGGAUGGCCGCUUCCGGCGAACCGAGACAGAUUUCUCCAAUCUAUUUGCUCGAGAUCUGCUUCCAGCUAAGAAUGGGGAGGAGCAGACCGUACAGUUCUUACUGGAAGUGGUGGACAUUCUCCUCAACUAUGUCCGCAAGACAUUCGAUCGCUCCACCAAGGUGCUGGACUUCCAUCACCCACACCAGCUUCUGGAAGGCAUGGAGGGCUUUAACUUGGAGCUCUCUGACCACCCUGAGUCUCUGGAGCAGAUCCUGGUUGACUGCAGAGACACCCUGAAGUAUGGGGUCCGCACAGGUCAUCCUCGAUUUUUCAAUCAACUCUCCACGGGACUAGAUAUCAUUGGGUUAGCUGGUGAAUGGCUGACAUCAACAGCCAAUACCAACAUGUUUACAUAUGAAAUUGCCCCCGUUUUUGUCCUCAUGGAGCAGAUAACACUUAAGAAGAUGAGAGAGAUAGUUGGAUGGUCAAGUAAAGAUGGUGAUGGGAUAUUUUCCCCUGGGGGAGCCAUAUCCAACAUGUACAGCAUCAUGGCAGCUCGCUACAAGUACUUCCCAGAAGUUAAGACCAAGGGCAUGGCGGCUGUGCCCAAACUUGUCCUCUUCACAUCAGAACACAGUCACUAUUCCAUAAAGAAGGCUGGGGCAGCUCUUGGCUUUGGAACCGACAAUGUGAUUUUGAUAAAGUGCAAUGAAAGGGGGAAGAUAAUUCCAGCUGAUUUGGAGGCAAAAAUUCUUGAAGCCAAACAAAAGGGCUAUGUUCCUCUUUAUGUCAAUGCAACUGCUGGCACAACUGUUUAUGGCGCUUUUGACCCAAUACAGGAGAUUGCAGAUAUAUGUGAGAAAUAUAACCUUUGGCUGCAUGUUGAUGCUGCCUGGGGUGGUGGGCUGCUCAUGUCCAGGAAGCACCGCCAUAAACUCAGUGGCAUAGAAAGGGCCAGCUCAGUCACCUGGAACCCUCACAAGAUGAUGGGUGUGCUGCUGCAGUGCUCUGCCAUUCUUGUUAAGGAAAAGGGAAUCCUGCAAGGCUGCAACCAGAUGUGCGCUGGGUACCUCUUCCAGCCAGACAAGCAGUAUGACGUCUCCUAUGACACCGGGGACAAGGCAAUUCAGUGUGGCCGCCAUGUGGACAUUUUCAAGUUCUGGCUGAUGUGGAAAGCAAAGGGCACGGUGGGAUUUGAAAAUCAGAUCAACAAAUGCCUGGAACUGGCUGAAUAUCUUUAUGCCAAGAUUAAAAACAGAGAAGAAUUUGAAAUGGUUUUUGAUGGGGAGCCUGAGCAUACAAACGUCUGUUUCUGGUAUAUUCCACAAAGCCUGAGGGGUGUUCCAGAUAGCCCUGAACGACAGGAAAAACUACACAGGGUGGCUCCAAAAAUCAAAGCGCUGAUGAUGGAGUCUGGCACCACCAUGGUCGGCUACCAGCCUCAGGGGGACAAGGCCAACUUCUUCCGGAUGGUCAUCUCAAAUCCAGCAGCUACCCAGUCUGAUAUCGACUUCCUCAUUGAGGAGAUAGAAAGAUUGGGCCAGGAUCUAUAAAUUCAGAACAUGAGUCUGCAGGAAUUCCCUUUCCCUUUAACAACCUCUAUAAGUUGCUGAAACACAUGCCCCAUUUCAUUGAGGGAACAUAUACUCUCUUGAAGAAUACUGUUACAACCUUACUUAAGCUUGUUAAGUUAGCAGGAAAUAAUGUUCUUUUUAAAAAGUUGCACAUUAGAUAUACAGUAUAUAUGUACAGUUACAUAUACCUCUCUCUCUCUAUCUUUAUGUGUAGUGAGUAUGGUUUAGUGAUAGAUCACAGCAUGCCCCCCACUCCACAAGAAUUAACUUCACCUUCAGCUGUUUAUCGAGGGGCCAAACAUGCUGCAAACCAGCUCACUCAACAACCACAGGGAAGAUGUUUUUCCAAAUGUCAUGUCAUAAGGAUAAAGGGAAAUGCUGGUGGUGGCAGCUGACCUCAUUGUCAGUGUUUCUCCCACCUGAAGUGAUGAUGGAUGAGAAAAAGCACCCCUAAAUGAUAAGAGUCAUGCCCUGCCCAUUAGUAUCCUGUUAGGGGGAAAUAGCAGCAGAGUCAUUGUCACAGGUGUACUAUUGCUGUAUUUUUAGAGAUUAAUUUGUGUAGAUUGUGGCUAUUACUGUUGUCUGACUUGGGGGGGAGGACACGUGUAAUGAUUUCAAUGACUGUUUAAUUGUAGGUAAAUGAAAUAUUUGCUUAUUUAUAUUCAGAUAUUUACCAUGUUAAAGAGGUGUCUUGUAUUUUCUUCCCAUUUGUAAUGUAUCUUAUUUAUAUAUUAAUGCAGUAAGUUCUGAAAACUGUUUAUGGUAUUUUCGUGCAUUUGUGAGCCAAAGAGAAAAGAUUAAAAUUAGUGAAACUUGUAUUUAUAUUAGAGUGCCCUUAAAAUAAGGAUUUAAGCAUAAGUUUACUAUCUAUAAGAGAAUUCUGAUGUUGUACAUAAAGUCAUAUAUAUGCAAAUCCCAUUACUUAAAUAGCAUCUGCUCUCCUAUUAUCUUCUGUCUGGCUGUAUGUCUGUGUUCUCAAAGCUUUUCUAGUAUCUGUUGAAUAAUAACUAGACCUCCUGCAAUUUUGUAGUAGUUCAUGACCAAUCUCUGUGACUUGCUUAGCUCAAACCUAAGGCAAUGUUUUGAAGACCUCCCGAAGAUCUCAGAUUAAUUGACCAGGCUCACAACUGUUUUUGAAGAAAGGAAAUUCACACUGUGCGUUUUAGAGUAUGCAAGAAUAUAAAUAAAUAAAGAUAUUCUCCAUGGAGAACUCAAACAAA